AUGGAUGUUGAUGAGCAGCAGCAGCAGCAACAAGGUAUUGACCAGAGUUAUGUGAAUAAGUGCCAAGAACAAGUACGACCGUUCCUUGCUGCCUUAGAUAUCAAUCCUGGAGAUAUGGAUGGCAAUAGCCAAUUUACUGAUCAAGAAGGAUUUGAGGAAUCCUACUUCGAUUCUUUUCCACCUGGUUACCGAUUUUGUCCAUGCGAUAGCGAACUUAUUGUUGAUUACUUGAAAAAGAAAAUCUUGGAAGAACCCCUGCCUCGUAACCAGAUCAGAGAUGUCAAUGUUUACCUUCACAGCCCGGAUAUUCUUACAGAAAGGUAUACCCCGGCAGGGCUGCGGCAAUGGUACUUCUUCACUCAGAGGGAGAAGAAAAACGAAUGCAGUAGCCGACAAUAUCGCGAAGCCGGUUCUGGCUUUUGGAAAGUUACCGGGGAAGACAGUGCUAUCCAAUUGAAAGAUACCGUUGUUGGAUUCAAGAAGGCUUGGAUUUUUUAUGAAGGAAAACUCCCAGUGGGAAGGAAAACCAACUGGACCAUGCAAGAAUACAGAGUCAAUGAGUCUCCUAGGCAAGAAAGUGCCUCGAGUACUGGCACAGCGCUGCAUGAUUUUGUCCUGUGUAGGAUUUAUAAAACGAAACCUGAAAACUCCAACAAAAGCAGGAGGAGUCAAAUUUCUCAAACCCAAAUGAGGGGUCAAAUUCUUGAGCAGCCAACUCAACAAGGAACUGUAAUCUAUCUUCAAAACGGCUAUAAUCCAAUCCACCCCUGCAUUAGAACUUCUUCAUCACGCCCCGUGAAUUAUCUUGGUGGAAUGAACAGCAUUGGAUUACCAGAAAACCUUCGUGUUAGCGCCAAUUCGGUUACCUUCACGAAUCAAGCAAAUCGUUCUGGCCAGCUUAUAGCUGAUGGCGCUUCAACAUCAACACAAAUUCGUCCCAUGAUUCUGUCUUUUCCUUCCAGGACUGAUUUCAUGGCUGAACGUUUUCAACAAGCAGAUGGAUCACAAGGGAAUGUCCAGACCACAUUGCAGAACAGACAUAGUGCUUAG